GUUUGGGUCUCACCUGUUCGUGGUCUCGGGUCCUCUCCGCUCUGCAGACCAUCAGCCGGGCGUUCAUGAACGGCAGCGCUCUGGAGCACGUGGUGGAGUUCGGUCUGGACUACCCGGAGGGGAUGGCGGUGGACUGGCUGGGGAAGAACCUGUACUGGGCCGACACCGGCACCAACCGCAUCGAGGUGGCCAAACUGGACGGGCAGCACCGGCAGGUCCUGGUGUGGAAGGACCUGGACAGUCCUCGAGCUCUGGCUCUGGAUCCGGCUGAAGGAUACAUGUACUGGACCGAGUGGGGCGGGAAGCCAAAGAUCGACCGAGCAGCGAUGGACGGGACGGGACGGAUCACUCUGGUGGCCGACGUGGGCCGAGCCAACGGGCUCACCAUCGACUACGCAGAGCGCCGCCUCUACUGGACCGACCUCGACACCACGCUCAUAGAAUCCUCCAACAUGCUCGGUGAGAAUCAACAAGCCGUUAUUUGUCUUUUUUUUGUUCUCAUUUCUAAACAUGACCGAUAAAGAUUUAUUGGAAAGUAUCGUUUCAGUUUUGAGGAAAGAAGAUUCGUUGCAUGCACUUUCACAGCAUCACAAUUUCUUAGUUAAAAGGAAGUUUUAUUUGGGAAAGGGCUCGCUUUGUAUUUAAUUAUUUAUUUGCUGAUGAAGCUACGGAGUGACUGAAACCUUAAUUUAACCUAUAAACUGUGAUGCUGAGCAACAGCAGUGUGCAGCGUCUUUGUUUCUAAAGACUGAAGGAAAUGCUGUGGCUGUGCUGCAACAUAAUUUUCUUUAAAUGUUAAAAAAGACUAUUGUUUAAAGUCUUAAUUUGUCAGAUGCACAACAGUUACAGAGAAGUGGUCGUCGUUUUCAGGUUCCCUCCAACAGCGCUACUACAAAAUAUAGAAAAAGAAAAUCAUGCAUCUAAAAUAUUAGAAUCCGAGAAUAAAAUCAUGCAGUUCAGUUGAAAUAUUGGAAAGAAAUAUACAUA